AUUACCUGAUAAUUAUAACAUAUUACAGAAAAUUGACUUAUUUUCUGUAAAUAAGAUUUUACAUCCCAUAAAGGAAGAUAUAUCGCCCAUUUUAAGAAAUUUUAAAUCUAAUCCUAUAGUGGGAAAAAUAAUUAAUGAAUAUCAUAAUAUAAAUUUUGUCAAAUGGAUUAAUAUAUCAAACACUACAUUAUUUUGGGCGGAAGUAAAUGCUUAUAGAGACGCAGGUGGUAAUAAUCCUUUUGGAAAUCUGGCCAAAUUUGUAUUAGAACUUCUUUCUUUGCCAUGGUCAAAUGCUGACGUGGAACAAACGUUCAGCCAUUUAAACUUGGUGAAAUCCAAAAUUAGAAAUCGCAUGCAAAUUUCAACACUUAAUGCGAUUUUAAAUAUAAGAUAUGGUCUAAGUCGACACAAUAAAUGCUGUCAUAAUUAUGAGAUACCGAAUUCAUAUAUUCGUUUAAUUGGAACAAAUGUUGCAUAUGUUAACUGUGAUAUCGAUAUGAUUAAUACUGAAGAUUCUCAAGAAGACUGGAUCGAUAUUAAUUAGAGUUACGCUUAAAAAAUAUUACAAAUAUCAAUAUAUAUAAAAAA